AUGUCAAAGCGCCUCCAGGCAGCGCAGCCGCGCUCCCCCCGUGCGCUGCCCCCGGCCCGGCUCCCCGCGCUGCUGCUGCUGCUGCUCGGCCCGGGCUGGCUCCUCUCGGCAUCGCCCCAAGCCCGCGGUGAGAAUGUGGACAGCAAAGUGGAGUCCCCAAGGCUGCCGGUGUCAAAGGAGCAGUCCAAAGAUUAUGAGAUAACAAUUCCCUUCCUUUUGAAUGGAGAGCAGUGGAGACCAGUGAAUGGCAUUUAUUCAAAGAACCACCCAGCACGGCUGCAGUUUGUAAUUCAAGCUGAAAAUAAACAUCUGGUCAUCAAUCUGGAGAGGAAUGAGGGCCUGCUGGCCAGAGGCUUCACAGAGACCCACUAUCUGCAGGAUGGCACUGACGUGGUUCUCGCACGCAAUCACACGGGUCACUGCUUUUACCACGGCCAGGUCCAGGGGUUCCCCGGCUCCUCCGUCAGCCUCAGCGCCUGCUCGGGACUCAGGGGAAUUAUUGUGUUUGAAAACAGCAGCUACAUUCUGGAGCCAUUGGAAGGUGCUACAGGCGAACACAAGAUCUACCGAGCGGAGAAUCUGAGAGUAGCCCCGGGGUCUUGUGGCCACCAGCUGGACAUCCCUGCCACGAUGGCUGCUGCCACUGCCACAUCACAGCGUCCUCCAGCUGGCAGGUACAAGAGGGAGGCUCUGAAGACAACGAAGUACGUGGAGCUUGUUAUUGUGGCAGAUAAUCGUGAGUUUCAGAGACAAGGCAAAGAUGUGGAAAAAAUUAAGCAGAGGCUGAUAGAAAUUGCAAACUACGUUGAUAAGUUCUACAGGCCACUAAACAUCCGAGUGGCCCUGGUGGGAGUGGAGGUGUGGAAUGACAUGGAUAAGUGCUCCAUUUCCCAGGACCCUUUCACCAGCCUGCAUGAGUUCCUGGACUGGAGAAAGCUCAAACUCCUGCCUCGGAAAGCCCACGACAAUGCACAGCUGAUCAGCGGGGUGUACUUCCAGGGGACGACCAUUGGCAUGGCUCCCAUCAUGAGCAUGUGCACAGCAGAGCAGUCUGGAGGGGUCGUCAUGGAUCACUCAGAAAACCCUCUGGGUGCAGCAGUGACGCUGGCUCAUGAGCUGGGGCACAAUUUUGGGAUGAAUCACGACACACUGGAGAGGGGCUGCAACUGCAAAGCUUCCACUGAUAAAGGGGGCUGCAUCAUGAACCCCUCCACUGGCUAUCCAUUCCCCAUGGUCUUCAGUAGCUGCAGUAGAAAAGACCUGGAAAACAGCCUGGAGAAAGGAGUGGGAAUGUGUCUCUUUAACCUGCCUGAGGUCAAGGAGUCCUUUGGUGGCCAGAAGUGUGGGAAUGGCUAUGUGGAGGACGGAGAGGAAUGUGACUGCGGGGAGCCUGAGGAAUGUACAAACCCGUGCUGCAACGCAACCACCUGUGCCUUGAACCCGGGAGCAGUGUGUGCACAUGGGCUCUGCUGCGAGGACUGCCAGCUCAAACCAGCGGGGAUCUCUUGCAGAGAGUCGAGCAAUUCCUGUGACCUGCCCGAGUUCUGCACGGGGGCCAGCCCGCAGUGCCCGGCCAACGUUUACCUGCACGACGGGCACGCGUGCCACGGGGUGGAUGGCUACUGCUACAACGGCAUCUGCCAGACCCACGAGCAGCAGUGCAUCACCCUCUGGGGCCCAGGUGCAAAACCCGCUCCUGGGAUCUGCUUUGAGAGAGUCAAUUCUGCUGGAGACCCUUACGGCAACUGCGGGAAAGACUCCAAGAGCUCCUUUGCCAAAUGUGAACCCAGGGAUGCGAAGUGUGGAAAAAUCCAGUGUCAAGGAGGAGCAAACCGACCCGUCAUCGGUACCAACGCAGUUUCCAUAGAAACCAACAUCCCACUCCAGGAGGGUGGCAAGAUCCUGUGCCGUGGCACCCACGUGUAUUUGGGGGAUGAUAUGCCUGACCCUGGGCUGGUGCUGGCAGGAACCAAGUGUGAAGAUGGAAAGAUUUGCCUCAACCGCCGGUGCCAGAACACCAGUGUUUUUGGAGUCCAUAAAUGUGCCACCAAGUGCCAUGGACGUGGGGUCUGCAACAACAAAAAGAACUGUCACUGUGAGGCUGACUGGGCCCCCCCUUUCUGUGACAAACCAGGCUUUGGUGGCAGCGUGGACAGUGGGCCCAUCAGACAGGCAGACAAUAAGAGUUUGACCAUAGGAGUGUUGAUAACCAUCCUGUGCCUUAUCUUUGCUGGAUCAAUCAUGUACCUCAAAAGGAAGACUUUCAUGAGGUGGUUGUUUACAAGCAAGAAGACAACAAUAGAGAAAUUAAGGUCUGUGAGUCCUGCAAGACCUUCCAGUUCAUCUGAGCCAAAUCAUGUUCAUACCAUAUGUGUUAGUAAAAACCUUAUUGUGAAGCCACAAAAUACCGCCAUACAAAAAAGAGACGGCCCCAGGCGGCCGCUGCCGUAUCAGAUCAUCGACAUCAGCAGCCCUGUGAAGACACACGAGGUGCCACCAUUAAAAACACCCCAGAGAGUCCUGCCACCCCUUCCCCAGCUGCCAGGCCACCAAGCCGGGCCUGAGAGACCCCUGCCAGCUAAUCCUUCACUGAGGUUCUCCCAGGAGCCCCCCAAGCCCAGCGCCCCUCGGAAGCCUCUCCCCGCGGACCCCCUGGGCCGAGCGCGCCCGGGCCCCGCCAGGGCCCUGCCCCACGCCUCCCCUGCCAGACCUGCUCCCAAACAUCUACCACAGGUAUCCAGGUCCAGCAACACUAUGGAUGUGAAAUGA